AUGUCAGUUUUUGAUCCUUCUGAUCUCCUUGAUCUUUUCGGGGAACCAGUGACGGAUCGGAGAGUUCAAGUAUAUGAGGACAUCUUCGAUGACUAUUUUGAGAGCGAGUUAUGGGACGCCAAAAUCUUUCGAAUCUUCAUAUUAUCCGAUAAAGACGCCUCAGAAGUCCAUUUCUUGGAACGGGCCACUUGUUCAGACGGCACCUUCAUCUGGGUCUUUACUGAGCCCAAGUGGUACCUUCCAACAUCGUCUGACGGCCGCAUCAAUCUCACUGGUACCUGCAUUUAUACGCCUGAUGCUAAAGAAAUAUUCGAUCGCAUAAAAGAACAUUAUGAGAAGUCCGAGAGUUAUACCGAGCUUAAAGGUGCCCCUGAAGACAUUCGGGCUUGGCAUAAGGAGGGAAGAUGGGGGAGAACGAUAAGGAGGGAAGAUUCCGGAGACCGAAUGUAA